CAAAAGCCGCCCAUAUUUUUUGUGUCACAUGACCGCCAGCUGAUAACAGGAAGUGCAGCACGCUGUAAACUUGAGGAUGUCCCCUACGCCCUUCUCCUCGCCCUCUGUUGCCCUGAACACAGGGCUUCAGAUGCCCGUUCUGGGCCUGGGGACCUACAAGCUGUGUGACCCUGAAGAUGUGCACAGAGCUGUGGAUGCAGCUCUGUCUGCUGGAUAUAGGGCCUUUGACAGCGCUGCUGUCUACCGCAAUGAGGCUGACUUAGGGAAAGCCCUGAGAGAGCUCCUUCCCAAAUAUGGCUUGACGAGAAAGGAUGUGUUCAUAACUAGUAAGUUGGGCCCUAAGGAUCAGGGUGAAAAGGCCAUGGAAGGGGCCCUCCAUAGUUUGUCUCAGCUGGACUUGGAGUACAUAGAUCUCUAUCUGAUCCACUGGCCUGGGACUCAAGGACUAGCAGUGGCAGAUGAGCGCAACCCAGGUAACAGAGCUCAGAGUUGGGCCAGCCUGGAGGAGCUUCAUGGUCAAGGGAAGCUGAGAGCUAUUGGAGUCUCCAACUACACACCAGCACACAUGAGAGAACUGAUGCAGAGCUGCAAAGUUCCCCCUGCAGUCUUACAGGUGGAGUUUCACCCACGACUGUGCCAGCCUGAACUGAGGAGCCUAUGUAAGGAGUCUGGAGUUUGCUUUCAAGCUUACUCCUCCUUAGGAAAAGGAGAGCUGCUCACUGACCCAGUGGUCCUGGAGGUGGCAGAGAACUGCAAACGCACACCUGCACAGGUUUUACUACGCUGGGCGGUGCAGCAGGGUAUUCCAGUGCUGCCAAAAUCCUCAAACCCAGACAGAAUACUGCAGAACGCGGAGGUGUUUGACUUCAGCCUGAGUGACACGGAUAUUAGCAGACUGUCAGCUCUGGACUGCGGUCACAGGUUCUGCUGGGAUCCAUCAGGAGUGGCCUGAAAUAGAUGCUGUGGGUUAUAACAGGAGAUCUUCUGUUUAUCAGAGUAAAGCUGCAUCCAGAGAAACAGAGAAGUGACGUGUAUAACAAAGUUUCUGAUGCAUCAAUCAAGUUGUUUUGUUUGUAUUUUCCCUGAUGCCAUAAUUUAUCUUCCUUUCAGUCAGUGCUCUGUUUACCCUUUUAGUUAUUUCUGAUAAGGUUGCCUUUUAACGAGUGUUACUGCUUCGUUUAGAACAAGUAUCACUGGGUUCCUACACAUUACUUUCACAGAUCAAUGUUUUCACUGACUGCACUAAUGCACACAUAACUGUAUUUCCAGCAGUCUGCAGCUCUCAUCCAAAUAGAAAUUUGUUUCAUUGAG